AUGCCUAGGCAGACUAAGCCCAAAAACACUCGUCAAAAUAAAUUCAAUACACACGAAACCCAGGCCACUUUGCCUGACAUUAAAAUUAGGUCUCCCUUCCUACCGCUUCUCACCGUUAAAGAGCUUUGUAGCCUCAAAAAUUUUCCUCCUCAUGAAAAUAAGCCAGGACAGUCACCUAAUGCGUUCAUCAUUUAUAAAAUGGAACUUCAUCGUGAGCUUAAAAAAGAAAUUUUUACUCUUUCAGACUUUUCUAAACUAGCCAGUAAAAGGUGGAAGAGUGAACCAGAAUAUGUAAAAACUGCUUAUAGAAAUUUAGCUGAUGCUGUAAAAUGUGAGCAUAGAAAGAAAUUUCCAUUUGUUAUCUUGCAAGAUGAUAAGAUUAGAAAACAUGUGACAGCCGAUCCUGUCGAUCCUGAUCAGCUGAUUCAUGCUAACCAAGCAACUAAUCUCGAUAUUAUCCUUAACAAAGUUGAAAUUGAUAAUAUGGAUUAUGAUCUCAAUAUUGUUGAAGUUGAGUCGCCUAAACUUAAUCUUGUGAAUGGCGUUAAAAUUGAUCAUUUGAAUUAUGAUCUCAAUGUGGCUGAAGUUGAGUUGCCUAAGCUUGUAAAUAAUACAGUUCAUGUGGCUGGUGCUAUUAAAGAUUUGGAUUAUGAUUUUAAUGUGGCUGAAGUUGGGUCAGCUAAGCUUAAUGCUGUGGCUGGUGCUGUUAAAAUUGAACGUUUGAAUCAUCGUUAUGAUUUCAAUGUUGCUGAAGUUGAGUCGGCUAAAAUUAGUCUUGUGAAUAAUACGAUUCAAAUGGGUAAAGAUAUUAAAAUAACUGAUUCCUAUACGGCUAUCUCUUGCCAAACCGGAAAGAAUCAUAAACCUUACAUUAUCGAAGAAUUUUAUACUCCUAUGUCUGAUAUGUCUUCGAGCAAUCCUUUUGCGCAUUUUUCACAUAGUGAUUCCCAUACUCCUUCAUUUGAUUAUCCAUUCAAUGGUUAUGAUUUUUAUAAUGAUACCCUUUUUUUCUGGGGUAAUCCUUCUUAUUCUCCUGAAAGCA